UCAUUCCUCAUAUUCAGGUCAUGAGCCAAGAUGUCCAGAAGGGUGACCCCCUGCAGUUUAAGUUCCGUGCCAAAUUCUACCCCGAAGACGUAGCCGAAGAGCUGAUCCAGGACAUCACGCUGCGGCUGUUCUACCUGCAGGUCAAGAAUGCGAUCCUCUCCGACGAAAUAUACUGCCCGCCGGAAACGUCCGUGCUGCUGGCCUCGUACGCCGUCCAAGCCCGCCACGGCGACUACAACAAAACGACACACAUUCCCGGAUUCCUGGUGAACGAUCGACUAUUGCCACAACGUGUCAUCGAUCAGCAUAAGAUGUCCAAGGACGAGUGGGAGAACUCGAUCACCACCUGGUGGCAGGAGCACCGCGGAAUGCUCCGCGAGGACGCCAUGAUGGAGUACCUCAAGAUCGCACAAGAUCUGGAAAUGUACGGCGUGAACUACUUCGAGAUCCGCAACAAGAAGGGCACCGAGCUGUGGCUCGGCGUGGAUGCCCUUGGACUGAAUAUCUACGAAAAGGACGACCGCCUCACACCGAAGAUCGGCUUCCCGUGGUCCGAGAUCCGGAACAUUUCGUUCAACGAUCGCAAGUUUAUCAUCAAGCCCAUCGACAAGAAGGCGCCCGAUUUUGUCUUCUUCGCUCCUCGUGUCCGCAUCAACAAGCGAAUCCUGGCGCUGUGCAUGGGCAAUCACGAGCUCUACAUGCGCCGCCGCAAGCCGGAUACCAUCGAUGUGCAGCAGAUGAAGGCUCAGGCCCGGGAAGAGAAGAACGCCAAGCAGCAGGAGCGCGAGAAGCUGCAGCUGGCCCUGGCCGCUCGGGAACGGGCCGAGAAGAAACAGCAGGAGUACGAAGAUCGCCUGCGGACGAUGCAGGAGGAGAUGGAGCGCUCGCAGGCGAACCUGAUCGAAGCGCAGGAGAUGAUCCGCCGCCUGGAGGAUCAGCUGAAGCAGCUGCAGUUCGCCAAGGACGAGCUCGAAGCCCGCCAGAACGAACUGCAGGUCAUGAUCAAGCGCCUGGAGGAGUCGAAGAACAUGGAGGUGGCCGAACGCCAGAAGCUGGAGGACGAAAUUCGCGCAAAGCAGGACGAGGUGCAGAAGAUCCAGGAGGAAGUGUCGGUCAAGGACACCGAAACCAAGCGCCUGCAAGAGGAGGUUGAAGAAGCCAGACGGAAACAGGUAAAGCGUAAAAACGAAGCUGCAGCAGCGCUGUUGGCGGCCACGACCACCCCCAAUCACCAUCACGUCGACGAAGAGGAGGAGGAUAACGAGGAGGAGCUGACGAACGGUGCCGAGAAUGGAACCUCGCGGGACUACUCCAAGGACUUCGACACCGACGAGCACAUCAAGGACCCGGUCGAAGAACGACGCACGCUGGCCGAACGCAACGAGCGCCUGCACGAUCAGCUUAAGGCCCUUAAGCAAGACCUGGCCCUCUCGCGGGACGACACCAUGGAGACGGCCAACGACAAGAUUCAUCGGGAGAAUGUGCGCCAGGGUCGCGACAAGUACAAGACCCUGCGCGAGAUCCGCAAGGGUAACACCAAGCGCCGCGUGGAUCAGUUCGAGAACAUGUAAAGCCGCCGGGGGUCAGAUUAUCGCUUUUUCUUUCAACUGCGACGCGACGCGUUGGACGUUAGUGUUUCGUCUUACUCCUUUCGGUUCCGGUUGGGUGGGGCUCGCGCUAGAGGAGUUUUAGCGGUACAGGGGGAGAGAGAGUGGGAGCCCUCCAAGGAGUAUAACAUUUAUAUAGUAUAUAUUGUAGGGUUAGCAAGAGAUCCGGAGGAGGAGCGCAGUUUUUUCUAGUAGUAAUAUUAAUUUAGUGGUAGUAGAGUGUAGGAAAGUGCGGAAGCGAGAAAGUGCGCGUGCGUGCAUGGGGUCCAGGGAAAUAACAGAACUAUAAACACUUACAUACAGACACGGAAGGAAAGUUUAGCAAUGUACUUUAUCAACUACACAAAAACACACACUAUUAUAGAUUAUCAUUGUCGCAGUUAAUUUAGGAGUUGUAAUUCUUAUACUGACUAACUUUUGCGUAAACUUGACCGCUGGUUUCUGGUUCUGGCAAGCACACACACACACAUACAGACAACUACUUAAAUAGUUGCACACGUGCACACACAUAGGGACGAGCGCAAACGGUGAACAUCGGCGUGUUAGGAAAUCGGACGUUCAUUUGUGGUAGGAAAGAGUGUGUAUGCGUGUGAUUGGGUAGUAUUGUAAUUGCGGUGACUUUAUAGCAUUGACUAUCUUCCAGAGUUGAAUUUAGGCGUUGGGAGUUUUAUAUUUCAUAUGAGGAGUUAGACUCUGUUCGUAGUUCUUUUCCUGUAUACCUUCCUAAAAGUAUUUAAGCAGCAAAGUUGCAUUUUCGCCGACUCCUGAUUCGGAAGUUUGUUUUCUUCUUCAUUCCUCGUAGUAUAUUUUUCGAUUUACGCGAACGGUGUGCCCAAACUGAUAAACCGAAAAACCUUACAUAAGCAGCAUGAAGUAUAUAAAAUUAAACAAAUAGAAUGAAAAAGUUGUAUAAGUUGAACAUUGUUAUUACUGCAUUAGUGUAUAGUAGGAAGAAGACAACUAACGAAUAAAAUGGAAAAGGAAAUAGAGAGAAGAAAUACAUUACCAACGUUUCGAUCUGUUCAUGUGUGGCAGUUUUGUGAAGACGUCAUUUUGAAAAGACUGGCAGUGACUAUGAACUUCAACUUUUAUGUCGUCAUUUUGUUUAGUUCUAUACAUGGUUGCAAUUUUUUUUCGUUAACACGUCAUAAUGUUCACAUAUUUAACAUUUAUGCGUCAAAAUUGAUCGUUUUUUGAUUUCAACAAAUUUUGUUAACAUACCAAAGCUGAUCGUUUUUGCAUCAAACUUGGUCGUUUUCUUCAAGCCUGUCUUUAAAAUAUGUGGCCUUCACAAACCAUCUGCAAAUGCGCGAACAAUGAAGCUAAUUGGAACAGAUGAUCGGCAUACACAUGUACACACGAACGGAAGAUGGCGCAGAUCGCAUAUAAUUGUUAUUAAGUUUAAUCAACUUAUUUGUAGGGAUUGAAUUUAAGUUUAAAUAAUAUACAAAAAGAAAGGAAAAUCGGAAAAAUAAGCUAAAAACAAAAUCAUAUGUUGAUAAUUAUAAUAAUUAGGAAACCAGUCCAAUUUGUAUGAACUAUUACAACCUAUUAAACACACACACCCAUCCCAUGGAGCAACCAUGUUCCACUGGCUUUGUGAUCAACCUAGGUUGCAACUAACACAUUUUCCUGAACGCACGUCCAGAGCAUCGUUUGCGGAUAACGGAAUCCUUCCAAUAUGGGAAACCUGACCAACUAGCUGAUGUUACAACAAUUUGUUAGUGCAGAUUUUCAGUCGUCCCUUCCUGUAAAAAAGAACUCUGUUUUCGUAUUCGAAUGGCAAUCGAAAAUUAAGAAAAACAAUUAUUAGUAACCAACAACACUAGAUGAGAGGCGGUACGCCACGCAAAAACACAUACGCGCAUGUAAUAAUUUCUAUCUGCCAUUAUUUUACGUUUUUAUUUUUAUUAUUUUUGUUUAAAUUAUUUUUAAUUAAUUGAAUUAAUUAAAAAAUAAACUAAAACGAGAACACAACAUGGAAGCAAAUACAAACACGCAGACACAUUUUUGAUUUAUACAACACAAACACACGUACAUAUAUUGCGCCGGUAAGCGAAAGAAAGAGAAGGGGAUUGUAAUUAUGAGAAAAGAACACACAAGACACACAUACACAAAAAAAAACAAUGAAGAAGAAUACAACAAUCGAAGCAUAUAUUAAUAAUAGCGAAGAAAAAAAAUAGAGAUGAAAAUGGAGAAAAUGCGAAAACCGUCUUAACCGGCAUUUGUGACACCGCACACCGCAUGUGAGCAAGGGGUGUGGAGUCAAUAAGGGUGGGGUUGAAUUUUUUUCCAAAGAUUUUCUUUUCUAAUGCCAUCUCUUGGCUGCCCAAAAUGCCAGUAUUUUCCACCUCCCCAUUUCGUGUUUUAAAUUUUUGAUUUGAUUGUUUUUGUAAAGAUUUUUUUAAAACCGUUGAGUUGCUUCGUGUUCAACGUUCUUUUUUAUUUUGCUAUGAUUGUAUCUGUUCUGUAGUUUGGUGGUAAAAUCUUUGAUUAAAAUUCACGCCAUAUAAUGUA